UUACGAAACCCCCAAAACGAAAACCCCAAAUUUUUCCCUCCUCUUUUUUCGAAUUCCAUCCAAUAUCACUGAAAAAAUCUUCUAAAUCGAAACCAAUCCUUCAAUUUUUCCGAAAUCACAUGCUAAUUGAGGAACCCUAAAUCUGGUCGGAGAAAACCCUAGCGCCGAUGGCCGACCACGAAUCUGUGUUGCUGGAUGCCGAGAAAGCCGCUGAAGAUGCACUUGUUAGUGAUGCCCAACGCCUCAAUUCGUCGCCUGCUCCCUCCGCUUCUCUUUCUCACUGGUCGAGCUCGUGGUCCAGACCCGCUGAAUUCGACGAGCCACCUCAGAAAUCGGCACAAGUAGCAGUCGAGUUUCCGCCUUCGAGUUCGCUGCCCAAUCGUGCUAUUAUAGGAGCCGGGUUGGAAAAUUUGGGCAACACCUGCUUUCUGAACUCAGUGUUGCAGUGCUUUAUUCACACUGUUCCGCUUCUUCAGCCAAUUCUUUCGAAUGGGUAUUUAAUGCAGUCGACCAAUAAUUAUAACAAGGAGCAAUUUUCUGUGCUGAAUGCAAUGCGGGAUCUGAUUUUCCAAUCGCUUGUUUCAAACACCGCCGUCUCACCUUUUGAUCUUGUCAACAACUUGACUCAUAUAUCAUCAAACUUUCAGAGAUUCCAGCAGGAAGAUGCUCACGAAUUCCUCCAGUGUUUUUUGGAUAGACUUGAGGGAUGUUAUGAACCGAAGAAAAACAUAGUGCAGCAAGUAUUUGGUGGUCGUCUUGUCAGCAAUUUGAUGUGCUGCAACUGUGGUCACUGCUCUGACACUUAUGAACCAUCAAUUGACCUUAGUUUGGAGAUUGAUGAUGCGGACAAUCUGUUUACUGCUCUCCAAUCUUUCACAAAGGUUGAAAAGAUUGAAGACCCGGAGACUAAGUUUACAUGUGAAAAGUGUAAAGAGCGAGUGUAUGUUGAGAAGAAACUUUCCUUUGAUCAGGCUCCUGACGUAGCAGUACUUCAUUUGAAGCGGUUCAAAAAUUAUGGCAGCUUUGUUGAAAAGAUUGAUAAACAUGUGGCAUUUCCAUUAGAUUUGGACAUGCACCCUUUCACUGGCAAUGGCAAUCAUAAUCAUGAAGAUCUUCAAUAUGUGCUCUAUGCCGUUGUGGUGCACUUUGGGUUAACGCCUACAUCUGGCCACUACUACUGUUUCAUACGCUUAUCAGCUGACAUAUGGUGCUGUUUUGAUGAUUCGAAGGUUGAGCUGGUCAAUGAAGCUUAUGUGCUAUCGCAAGAGGCCUAUGUUCUGUUCUAUGCAAAACAUGGUACUCCAUGGUUUUCAAGUUUCAUUGAAUCACAGAAAGAAUUAUUGUAUUCAACUAUGCGGAACACAUCUCCAAAAUCUGUGUUGGACAACAUAGACACCUCAGUAUCUCCCUAUUUGGUGAACAAAUUUGGCUGUGAUACCAAUACAGUAAGUUGUGAUACUGGAAUAGUGCACACGGGAGGUGAUGAUAAUGAGAUCAAGGAUAGUGGAGCAGUGACGAAUGAAGGUACGAGGAAAGUAAAUGAUCAUUAUCUGGAAGAUUCAGUGACCCCAUUGUCUAGGAGGAAUGAAAUUAAGAGGAAAGUAAGCAUAAAUGAUCUAGAGGAUUCAGUGGAACCAUUGUCUGUGAAACCUUCAAAUAUGUCUAUCCCCAAAGACAAAAAAGUUUCUCCAAUUUUAUUCGAAAAGGUUAACCAUAAUCAGGAGGUUAGUGUGCCCCAAAAGAGUCCAAUUGAUACUGAAGCAGUUUUCAGAUCUCCAAGUCCUGAGAUAUACAGAAAAGACUCACCACCUGAUGCAGGUUUCACCAUUUGCCGCAGCCAUCUGAGAAGUGCAGACCGUAUCUCUUGCAAGAGACGACUGGAGGAGGAUAUGGACGAUGAGAGGAAGCACGCGCGCAUGUUUGUAAUGAAGCACAUGCCAAACUCAAGAAGUCAGCAACUAAUGAAUGCGCUGAGGGGUUCCAAGAGCGAACCUUCUGUCAAUAGGAAGAAGGCGAGGCGACUGCCUGUCCAGUGAAUCCAUUCAUCAACGUCCAGAUCUUUAGUUUCGCUGGCUCAGGCUAACAUGUAAAGCGCAACUUUGGUUUUCAGCAUUCGAUUCCUCAGAUGAUGUGUGUGAAUCGUUGCUAUCGAUGGAGUAAGGAUGUUUGGUGUAUGUCCAGUUAUCCAUUUUUUGUGGUAAAUCAGUAUUAGGUUAUUUUUUUCAUCGUUUUGUUUGCUGUGUUAUCUACUCCUAUGAGGUUACAUAAAGGCUGAUGAUAUUAAAAUCGAGAAUGUAUUAUGCUUCAUGAAUUAUUUUUCUUUAAAUUGUA